AUGGGGAAGCUGAGCCAAGGGGCCAAGCAGCGGCUGCAGCAGCUCUUCAAACGCGGCCACUUUACCAUCCACUGCGGAACUGUUUCUCUCAUGGUCUACCUGGGUUUUAAGAGGGGUGCAGACCCCAGAACGCCUGAACCAACUGUUUUGGGCCAAAUUUGGGGAUAAAGGAGUUUCUUCAUCU